GCGGAAGUUGACAGGAAUAAGGAAAACACGCAGAACGUCUCGUCCUUACCAAAUCGCGUUCUCUUUUCUUUUUAAACAACAAGUUAAACUUUUCAAACGCAGAAGGGUUAAUGUUUUAAACAGCUCGGCGAUCUUUAAACGUCGUUUAAGUCUUUUAAAUUCUAGUGAGAACAUAUUGCCGUUUAAGGAAAGUGAAAGUAACAUUACUGCUACAACAUGGCAGACAGUGACGAGGAUAUCACAGACAGGCCAUCUCUUCUAGAGUCAGACUUAACGUGUCCUGUGUGCAAAGACAUUUUUAGGGAACCCGUGUUGCUUUCGUGUAGCCACAGUUUCUGUCAGGAAUGCCUGGAGGGCAGCUGGAAGAACCAGUCGAAACGGCAGUGUCCGAUGUGCCGAAAAUGCUGCGACGGCGAGACACCGAUCCCCAACCGCGCUCUAAAAAACACCUGCGUGUCCUAUAAAAAGGAGAGGAACUGGAGAGGACAGGGUACGGGUGCAGAUGAAGUCAUCUGUGGUUUUCACCAACGGCCCUUCCAGCUCUUCUGCAUUAAAGACGAGGACCCCGUGUGCGUUGAGUGCGUGACGCUUCAUCCAGGACAUGAACUGGUGCCCAUAGAGCAAGGAGUGCCGUUCUGCAAGGAUGAGCUUAACAUGAAAAUCAAAAUACUGGAAAGCAAGCAGGACUCCUUCAAAAGAAUGAAAAAAAGAUACAAAGACACUAUCAUCUUUAUUGAGAGUCAGACUAAGGAUGCUGAGAAACAAAUCAAAGAGGAGUUUGAAAGACUUCAUCAGGUCCUACGUGAUGAGGAGACCUCUAGAAUAAAUGCUUUAUAUAGAGAAGAAAAUGAGAAGAAGCAAACCGUCAAUGAGAAGAUUGAAAACAUCAGUCGUGAUAUCACGGCUCUUGCAGAAUUGAUUCAGUCAGUCAAGAGGGAAAUGGGAGCUGAGGAUUUGACUUUCCUUCAGAAUUUCCAGAGGCUAAAAAGACGAGCCCAGUGGACUGGUGACGAACCAAAGAGGGUUCAAGGUGCUCUCAUCAACAUGUCCUUGCAUGUAGGCGCUUUGGGUUACAAAGUCUGGGAAAAGAUGCUGUCCCAUGUCACAUGUUUGCCUGUAAUCCUGGAUCCCAACACAGUCUCGCCCUGGCUCUCCAUAUCUUCUGAUUUUUCCAGUGUGCAACAGAGUCUGGAAAGACAGACUUUCCCAGACAACCCUGAGAGGUUCGAUCCCUGUGUUUUUGUCCUUGGCUCAGAGGGUUUCUCCUCAGGGCGACACCGUUGGGAGGUCCGUGUGGCUGACCACCCCAAAUGGAUCUUGGGAGUGUGCAAGGAAUCUGUGGUUCGGAAGAGGAAGUUCACGGUAACAACAAAAGCUGGAGUGUGGACCAUAGGUCUGAGUAAAGGAGUCUACAGUGCUCUUACAACUCCACGCACUGAGCUGACUCUAGAGAGAAGGCCUGAAACCAUCAGGGUGAAGGUCAAUAUUGAGAAGGGAGAGGUGUCCUUUUGGGACACGGGCAACAACAAGCACCUAUGUACAUAUAAUGAUAAGUUCAAUGAAAAGCUGUUCCCCAUCUUUGGCCCUGGGCUCCAGAGCACACCCAUCACUAUCUUGCCAGCUAAAGUAACCAUACACAAACAAUAAGUAAAUAUGCUGUUUGUCUUUAACAUCUAAGCCUGGUGAGACUGAAGAGUCUAAAACCUUCACUAAAAUUGCUACUUAGUUUGAACAGAAUUCAAGGAACAUUAUGGAUUCGGUAUAAGUUAAUCUCAAUCAAAAGCAUGUGUGGCUUAAUUCACCAUGUCCCACUUUUUUAGCCCAUUAUUUACUCACCCUUCAGGCAUCUUAGGUGUAUAUGACUUCCUUCUUUCAGACAAAUCCAAUCGGAGUUAUAUUAAAAAUCUUCCUGGCACUUCCAAGCUUUAGAAUGCCAGUAGGCGGGUGUUUCUAUUCAACGGGUCAAAUCGAGUCCAAUAAAGUGCAUCCAUCCAUAAUAAAAAGUUCUCCACAUGGCUCCAGGAGGUGUAUAAAGUCCUCCUGUAGCGAAUCAAUGCAUUUUUGUAAGAAAUAUAUCCAUAUUUAAAGCGUAGUAACCACUUUUAUCUAGCUUCCGCUAACUGUUGUACACAGAAGCAGCCCGGGCGGAUGACGUAGGACGUCGCUUUGCGCAUGCACCACUCAGAAGUGGCGAAUGUGUGGUGAAGAGAGGUAAACAAAACAAUGGUCACAAAUUAUAAGUAUUAAACAAGGAUUUGUAAAGGAAUAUGUUGGAGAAUUUUGAUAUAAGCCAAGAGGAGACUGGUUUUUCAUUGCUGACGUAAGGAAACUUUGCUUCCUUUGCUCCUGUAAACAAACGUUUUUUGCGAGACUAACAGGCACAUGCACAACACCGACUGCCUACGUAUUCACCCCUCGGAGCCACGUGGAACACUUUUUAUUAUGGAUGGGUGCACUUUAAUGGACUUGUUUUUAACUCUGAUUGGAUUCGUCUGAAAGAAGGAAGUCAUAUACACCUAGGAUGCCUGGAGGGUAAGUAAAUAAUGGGCUAAUUUUCAUUUUUGGGUAACCUAUGCUUUUAAUUAUCAAGCUGUUUUGAUUUUCUGAGCAGUAUGAUGUCACACUGCUCAAGCCCCGCCCACAAGCCCUAUAUUAGCAUAUUUCCAUCAUCAGCCAGUUAUAUGCUGUGUUUCUCCCAUUAAGAUUCUUCAUUUUCUUCUGACAUCAGAACCACUGAGGACGCAUUAGUUUUGUUUUUGAUGGUAAAGUGUCCACAAAAAAAAAAAAACAGAAGAGAGGGGCGGGGUGACCAGAGCUUGUUAAUAUUUAAAGAGACAUGCACCGAAGUAUGAACCAAAGUAUGUUGCAGACCCUAAAGAAUCAUAUCAACUUGUGGAAAUUUAGCAUCUUAUGUCCCCUUUAAAAGAAGAAUGAAUGUAAAUGCUUUAAUAAAAUGAUGAGCUUCGCAUUUCUGCUUUUAAGUCUUCAAAAAACUGGACCUAUUCACUUCCAUUUUGAAUGCAGCACAUGCCCAUCAUUUUUAAAGAAUUUAAAGAAAACAAGGGACAAAUUGGAAUGAUUUUUUGUGAAUAACUUGUACUGAACAUGAAAAAUUCCUUUAAAGAAAAAUUGGAAAGAGAAGUGGAAAUUCAAAGAAGGAUGCUAAUUAUGCUAAAACUUAUGUCGUGAUUUGCUAUUUUGUUUUUCCAUACUACUUUUGUGUGAAUUACUUUGUCAUGUUUGUUGCUGCUAAAACACUACUGAUUUAUCAGUAAAGAGUGCGAGAAUGUGCCUUUUAUAUCAAUCAGUUUCAGAUCCUACACUUAACCCUACUACUAUUGAAUGACAAUGGUCAACAUGAAAAAAUUAACAAGAACAACACAAUUUCAACCAUUUUUUGUUUAUGCGUGAGUAAAGAUAACUGUUUUCCGUUUUUAAUUUGCCGUUGAUUGUGCCAGGUGUGUUUAUUUGCAAUUAUACUAUACAGCUUUUGAUAUCACUAGACAACAGUUAAGCAACCAAGAUUUAAUGAAAUUAUCUAAAUAAAUAAUCUCACUUAUCAGA